AUGAAGCAGAAUCAGUUUGGUCUCGCAGUGGGAUUGUGGCAGCGCCGACUUCUCCGAGGUCCUUGCUUGACUCAUACGCAUCGGUUCUUUUCCAGCCAGCAUCCAUCACAACAACAAUGCCAGUCAACCAAGAAUAAUAAUGCAUGCUCGAAAAGCAGUGCUAACCGGCCGUAUACAAGCCCUAAAACCUCUCAGCCACAACUACGAUCAAUAUGGGAUUCCGGCUUCUGGACUUGCAAAUCAACCUGGCGACGCGCAAGGAUCAACACUCUGCGCUGCCUGAUAGGUUGCACAGCUGGCGACUUUUCAGCACUAUGGACGCUGCAAACUUUCUAUCCCGGACUGGGAAUGGGUGUUAUCAUGGGCGCAUCCAUGGCAUCGGGAAUAACAACCUCCAUAAUUCUCGAAACAAUUCUUCUCCGUCGUGGCGCGGACCAACUCUCAUGGCCGAUGGCGGCUCGCACAGCGAUGGGGAUGAGUAUGGUCUCAAUGCUGGCCAUGGAAGCCGCGGAGAAUAUUGUUGAUUAUCAUCUUACCGGUGGUGUUGUAGAUGUCGGUGACCCCCAAUUCUGGAUGGCGGCGACCGCAUCGGUGCUUGCAGGGUAUUUGGCGCCGUUGCCGUAUAAUUAUUUACGGCUCCGGAGGUAUGGGAAGGCUUGUCACUGA